CCACGCACGACAGCCGCCAGACCUUUUUGCCGCUGUUUGCUGCUGAUCUCCGAUGCCUGCCCUGAUCGCACCAUGACCGUCAUCCAGAAGAAGCGCAAGUAUGCCUCUGCCGACGAGCAGCAGGCCGAUGCGGCCGAGGAUUUUGGACAGAAAUACCAUUGCGACUCGUGCCAGACCGACAUCACAAACAUGAUCCGAAUCCGCUGCGCCGAAUGUCCGGAUUUCGAUCUGUGUCUGGACUGCUUUGCCAGGGGCGUUGAGCUAGGAGGUCAUCGGAACAUUCACUGCUACCGGAUCAUGGAAAUGCUGGAUUUCUCCAUCUUUGACGACGAAUGGGAUGCCGAGGAGGAACUUAUGCUGGUCGAGGGCCUGGAGUUGUUUGGCCUCGGCAACUGGGACCAGAUCUCGGAGCACAUCGGGACAAAAAACAAGCUGGAAUGCGCCAAACACUACAACGAGAUUUACAUCCAGUCGGCAACAUGGCCAUCGCCGACACCAUCCCGGAGUUUCUCGGGGAUGCAGCGGCGAGUCGGCCCGAAAGAGCGCAAACCGGCACUGACGCAGAAGGCAAACAGGUCAACGGCCAUGUCGAGUCAGCCGGCAAACCACGAAAUUGCAGGAUAUAUGCCUGGGCGAAUGGAGUUUGACGCCGAGUACGAUAACGAAGCCGAGCAAAUCGUCAAGGACAUGGUGUUUGAGGACGCGGAUCUGCCCGAAGACAUGGAAUUCAAGUGCACCAUCCUGAAUAUCUACAACGGGGUUCUGGAUCGGCGCAUGGAGCGCAAAAAGUUUAUGUUUGAGCGCAAGCUGCUCAACUUUCGACAGAUCCAAGCGGCGGAAAAGAAGCGGCCCAAGGAAGAGAAGGAGCUAGCAGCCAAGAUGCGGGUCUACGCAAAGAUGCAGACGGCCGACGACUUUGAGACACUGAUGGACGGGCUAAAUAAUGAAAUGCGCCUGAAGCAGCGGAUCGCGCAGCUGCAAGAAUACCGCCGGGCCGGCAUCACAGCAUACAAAGAAGCGGCCGAGUACGAGAAGGACAAGCUGGCGCGGACAACAAGCUACAAGACCAUGACCCGGGAUCUGUUUCUGGAUCGCACGCCGUCGCGGCAUUCUGCACGGAGCCGUGUCGAUGACAUCAAGGGCGAGAGCUUCCUGGUGCCGUCGCGGACCGGCACCCCUGCCCGUGGCAAUUCGGUCCCUGGAUCGCCCAACGCAGCACUCGUCCCCCCAGCCCAGUCACCAACCAGCGCGGCAGGGCGACGGCCUGCGACACCUCUGGAUAUCACGGCGUCGGAGGGCGUUGACCUCCUCACACCCCCCGAGAAGGCGCUGUGCUCGCAUCUGCGGAUCUUGCCCAAGGCGUACAUGGUCAUCAAGGAGACGAUCCUGCGGGAGUACGAGGCACGCAACGGGAAGUUGAAGAAGCGGCAAGCCCGGGAGCUCAUCAAGAUCGACGUCAACAAGACCGGCAAGAUCUUUGACUUUUUCGUCGACAAUGGAUGGAUCAAGAGCUGAGCGGACAGCCGGGAGUCUCGAUAUGCCCCGAUGCCACCGGCAAUGGUCUGGCAGAGAGAGACAUGGCGGAUGCGUGCAGUGCCGGCUUUCCAGCAUGUUCAGAACGAACGGGACAGUGCGUCCCUGAGUGUCCCUCACCGCGAUCGACAGCCCUGGUGGGCAGGCCAUGGAAUUGCACCUCUGUCUUUGUUGACGAUCGAGUGCAUUUGGUUGGGGUUUUGGGAGCACAGUCCCGAAUACACCUGGUCGAUCUCUUGGGGCGGGCAUCGACUGGCACUGAUAUCGCGA